AUGGUAUCGUUCUCUAAUACUGUUGUACUAUAUUCACUUUUCUGCUUUGGAAACUUGGUCUACUGUCACUUCUCUGGAAGGCGAGGUGAUAAGAAAUCCCUUGUAACGCUCAACGUACAGAACAAGAAGACCACCAGCGACUACAUUUUCUACUCUAUUGUUGACCAUUCUGUCGGCGAUGUGGCCACAUUUUCAGCGUAUGGGACUACUGUGUUUAACGAGGUGAAGGACGGAAAAAGUCUGGUGUGGAAGAGCUCCAACGAAAAGGAGUACUCCACCAAGGUCGUGAUAGAAGGCGACAAGCUCUUAAUCAAGUGCCCCCGCACUCAUAUCCUCUUUUUGAAGCAGGACGACGGCACGUGGAAACCCAAGGACCUGGACAGGGCGGCAGGGGAGAAGGCUGCUGAUGCCGCGGCUCCUCAGGAAGGCGGCCUUCCUGUCAAGGAUGUGCGCGCCGAGAACGCCGAGCUGAGGCUGAGGGUCGCGAAGCUGGAGGAAACGCUGGUGCAGCUGAAGAUGGAGUACGACCAGUUCAGGUCCAAGGUGCUGUCGGUCGACAACAGGAUCGGCGAGGUGGCCGAGGCUCUGUGCGGCCUAUAA